CUACAAUUGGUUGCAUUGAUACCAGAUUCGAAUGUCACUCUUUUACCGUAGCCUCCAGCACGCGUAUAUCUCUAAGCCAGGGAUUGUACGACCACGACGAAUCCGCACUCUCCUCACUCUAGCAGUUGAGAGCUCCUGCGACGACUCCGCCGUCGCUAUCCUCGAAACCCACAAUGUCAAAUCCUCACUCAUAGCCUCUCAAUCCCCCUCCGCCUCAUCUCCUCCGACCGCCCACCUCCACUUCAACCAUCGCAUCUCCGCCACCACCGCCAACCUCCGCGGCAUCCACCCCGUCGCCGCCGCCAUCUCUCACCAGCGCUCGCUCGCCUCUCUGCUACGAUCCGCGCUUCCCUCCCUCCCCGAUGCGCGUGAUGACGUCGAUCCUUCGAAGACGGUAUUUAUAGAUGUGGAGGGGAAGCUCAAGCAGAAAUGCAAACCGGACUUCAUCGCUGUCACCUCUGGGCCGGGGAUGAUAUCGUCUCUGACGACCGGGAUUGAGAAUGCGAAGGGGUUGGCAGUCGCUUGGGGAUUGCCGAUUGUGGGGGUGCAUCAUAUGCAGGCGCAUGCGUUGACGCCGCAGUUGGUGCACGCCUUGGAGAGUGGGCGGGCGGGGAAGCAGGUAGAGGAAGAGCAUGUCGCAGCGGGCGUGAGAGCAGCAUCGCGGUCACUUCAACCCGCAUUCCCAUUCCUUUCGCUGCUCGUGUCUGGUGGGCAUACAAUACUCGUUGACUCGAAGAACGUCACGCAGCAUCGCGUCCUUGCAAAAACAGCAGAUAAUGCUGUUGGAGACGCGCUAGAUAAGAUGGCGAGGAUGAUCCUCCCGGAGGAGAUCAUGGCUAGUGAGAAACAGCUAUCCAACUACGGGGCGAUGCUAGAGGAGUUUGUAUUUCCUGGAAGCAACCCUCUCCCGAGCGGUCAGGCUGGCGAAGAUCGUUCUUAUGACUACGGCUAUGCUCCCUCAUCCGCGGCCCGACGAGUUUCACAAUAUGGCUGGGCUCUGCCCAUACCAUUAGCAGCUAAACCUAAGAGCGAACAAUUCGCGUUUUCGUUUGCCGGCUUGAUUAGCGCGAUGGAACGGAAUGUCGACCCGGAGACGCGGCUGGUUUGGAAUGAUCAGCGGCAGAAAAAUGACCGUGUUCCGCGAACCGAAUCGCCGAGCGAGGACGAGAGACGGGAACUGGGAAAGCUGGCCAUGACAGUGACCUUUGACCAUCUUGCAAGGACGGUCAUCAUGGGAUUGGAAGCCAUGGAGGAACGGGGCGAUCGGGUGGGCACGCUCGUCGUCGCCGGAGGCGUUAGUGCGAAUCAGUUUUUGAAACAUGUGUUGAGGGUAAACUUGGACCGGGCAGGGUUCGGGAAAGUGGAGAUAGAGACACCACCGUUGGCGCUGUGUACGGAUAAUGCAGCGAUGAUUGCCUGGGCCGGGUCUCUGUUGUUCGAGGAGGGAUUUAGGGGCACGCUUGGAAUGCUGGCCAAAAGAACUUGGAGCUUGGAUGAUUACGAUGGGACCGAGGUGAACCUCAGUGUUUUUGAUGGUGCGACAGAGGCAUGAGCAUCCUUUCCAUCAGUUGGUGUUCUUGGAAUCGUUUAUACUUCAUUCUAAUACCCAUGUAUCAUAGCCCCAGAAAACGGGCCUGUGUAAAUAUGUACAACACUACUGCAUGAACACAUUGCUUCCAAACAUUGGAUGCCGUCUU